ACCAAACAUUUCACUAUAUAUAUUGGACACUUGAAGCAGUCCUUCAACCUCAUAGACACACCAAUAACUUGUACAAUUGCCAGAAUAGCUUUAAUGGAGUUCAAACAACUAUCUUGUUUAGUUCUAAUAUUUUUGACUUUUGUGGAAAUUGAAGCAUUGCAAUCUGGAGAAGAAUAUUGGAAAUCUGUUUGGCCAAACACUCCUAUACCGAAUAUUCUCUCGGAUAUAUUCAUCCCUGAUCAUAAAGAAACUAAUGCACCUAUUAGAGGUAACGAUGAGGACCAAGAUUGGACAGCUUUUUUCCAACAUGAUCUUUACCCUGGAAAGAAAAUGAGCUUAGGCUUCCACAAGCAUUCAAAUAGGCAACCCUUACUAUCAAAGGCAGGUCAACCUUUGGGAACAUGGAUAUGGAGUGAAACUCAUAGUCUUAGUAGCUAUUGUACAAAUCCAGCAGCUAUAGGAGAAGAGAAGUAUUGUGCUUCGUCUUUAAAACCCAUGAUAGAUUUUGCCAUUUCAAAGCUUGGAAAAAAUAUUAAGGUGAUUUCGAGCUCCUUUGCUCAAAAUCAAGACCAAUAUGUGAUAGAAGAAGUAAAGAAAAUCGGAGACAAUACCGUGAUGUGUCAUAGGUUAAAUUUAGAAAGAGUUGUAUUUUAUUGCCACCAAGUCAAUGCGACAACGGCUUAUAUGGUUCCAUUGGCGGCCUCUGAUGGAACUAAAGUGAAAGCAUUGACAAUCUGUCACCAUGACACAAGAGGUAUGGAUCCUAAGGUGCUUGAUGAAGUUCUUCAUGUUAAGCCCGGAACGAUUCCUAUAUGUCAUUUUGUUAGCAAUAAGGCUAUUGCUUGGGUGCCUAAUCAUGAUGGAAGUGAACAUGAUAAUAACCAUCCUUGUGUCAUAUAGGAUCUUUCCAUUUGAAGAUCCAUAAUCUUAAAAUUGGGUUUGUGUUCAAGAAGUGAAUAGGGAAAUAAUAUGAUAUGAAAAUAACAUAUUUUAUGUUUAAAGUAUCGCCCAUGUGGUAUGUCUUGUAAUCGUUGAUAUCAUCCUAUCACAAUAUAUUAUGUAUGUUUGAAUUUAAUAAUAUGAAAA